AAUUAUAUUUUUCCACUUGAUGUCGAUGUUUCGUAGUGACUAAAAUGCUCUUGUAUUUUGCAUAAAUACCUGACCAUGCUAGCCAAUGUAAUUUAGAACAAUUAACAAAAGAUCCUUUUUGAACUAUCCAAAUCAUGUCAUCUUUCUUAAUACCAUUCAAAGUCAUGUUCUUCCUCAUACUUGUCCUGCUUCACUCUUCCCUUGUUUUUGCUUUUUCAUCCUCCAUUGCUGCACUUACAAGAGGUAAAGAAGCGGAAACUCUUCUAAAAUGGAAAGCUAGCCUUGACAACAACACCCAAACAUUGCUCUCUUCUUUGUGGGUUGGAGACAGCCAUUGCAGCUGGGUUGGAAUUAUCUGCGACAAGGCUGAAAGCAUCACCAAUCUAAGCCUUCCAGAUUAUGGGUUGAAAGGUACACUUCAUAGUCUUAACUUUCUUUUCUUCCCUAACCUGAUGAGGCUUGACCUUCGCAACAACUCACUGUAUGGGCCCAUUCCCUCACACAUUGGGAACCUUUCCAAGCUCACCUUCCUUGACUUGCAAUACAAUAACUUUUCGGGGAAUAUUCCAUCCGAAAUUUGCUUAUUGAAAGGUCUUGAGUUGAUUUCCUUGGCAAGUAAUGAGAUCAGUGGUUCCAUUCCAUUAGAGAUAGGGAGGCUGAGUUCAGUUUCCGAGAUUUAUUUCUUUGAUAACUAUCUACGUGGUUCUAUCCCUGCUUCCGUAGGAAACUUGACCUACUUAUCUGUUCUCCACCUCUAUCAAAAUAUGUUUUGUGGAUCGAUACCUAAAGAAUACGAUAGAAUAAGUUCAAAGAAUAUGAUUAGUUCAGAGAUCAUGUUCUUCCUCAUACUUGUCCUGCUUCACUUUUCCUCUGUUUUUGCUUCUUCAUCCUCCAUUGCUGCACUUACAAGAGGUAAAGAAGCGGAAACUCUUCUAAAAUGGAAAGCUAGCCUUGACAACAACACCCAAACUUUGCUCUCUUCUUUGUGGGUUGGAGACUUCCAUUGCAGUUGGGUUGGAAUUACCUGCGACAAGGCUGAAAGCAUCACCAAUCUAGCCUUCCAGAUUCUGGGUUGA